UUGCAAUCCAGAACCUUCCCGCGCCUGUAACUGAGAGUCAGCGACAGAGGCCGAGACUCGAGAAUCACCGCCAAAAAGUCAUCUGAUACUUCCGUUAAUCGGAAUCGAUCGAAUCAUGUCUGAGAAUCUCCGGUGCGUGAUCGUGGCCGUCGACGGCAGCGAGGAGAGCAUGGGCGCUUUACGGUGGGCGCUUGAAAAUCUAAAGCUCCGGUCAGCGGCGCCUGAUUCCACUGACGGCACUUUUGUAGCGCUACAUGUUCAAUCUCCUCCUUCAAUCGCCGCCGGUCUCAGUCCUGGUCCAAUCCCCUUUGGCGGCCCUAGCGAUCUGGAGGUUCCUGCUUUCGCGGCAGCAAUCGAGUCGCACCAGAGGCGGAUUACAGCUGCGAUUUUCGACCAUGCUUCACGGAUUUGCUCCGAGUACAAGGUGAAUGUGGAAACUAAAGUAGUGAUCGGAGAUCCAAAGGAAAAGAUCUGUGAAGUGGCAGAGAAUUUGCAUGCUGAUUUGCUAGUUAUGGGAUCCCGUGCUUUUGGUCCCAUCAAAAGGAUGUUCUUGGGAAGUGUAAGCAACUAUUGUACCAACCAUGUUGAAUGCCCAGUCAUCAUAGUCAAGGACAAGAAAAGGGGCAGUGCGUCAUGAGCUAAAUAGAUUGCAGGUUUUUUCCUUUUGUCGCGUGCCUGAUACCAGUUCUUUCAGUGCUUGCUAAUAUGUCGUAUUCAUCCAUUGGACUACUUUCUGCUUCCCUUGUAUGUGCAUUGGCGUUGCAGUUUCCUGUACGUGCCAUAUUGCGCUGCUGCUGCCACAUCAAAUCUUGUUGACAACCAUUCUAAAACAGUAAGUUUCUGUAUUUCAUAGGCUUUGCUACAUCCUCUGUUGUCCCUUUGUUUACAUUCAAAUCCUAUGUCCAGCUGACCAUCUUCCAUGGCUUCUGAAAAUCGUGUCCUGUCUUUUGGCAACUUAUACUGUACUGAGUAACUUUUUGAGUUAUUCUUUCUGUUUUGUCCGUGUGUCAAAAAGCUGUAUCGAAUCUUUUUAUUACAGAUAUUUGAUGUGAAAUUCUUGUGCCUCAACUCUUGGAACAUUACCUUUUUUUUUUCCUACCGUCGUCUGAAGGACUGUGAUGUCUUUUAAUGUGA